AUGCUGUCUGCUAUUAUGAUCGUCAAGCGAGUAUUUGAAGCUUUCAUUCUUCUUUUCUGUGGGUCCAGUCUUCUCAUUUCAUUCAUCACCCUUCUCUUCAUUCUUAUUCGAGUUCGUCCACUCAUUUCCGAUAUCUCCUUACUUCUCACUUGCAACACCUAUAUCACUCUCGUCGGUUCUACUUUCAUGACGCUGCUCAUCACCAUCUAUUCUGUCAUCGGUCAACUCAUUCCGUCCCUCUCCUUCAACGACUAUGCAUGUGAACUUCGAUCCUAUGUCAAUUACGUCUUUAUCUGUGGAUUCUACUAUUCGUGUGCAUUACAAGCUCUCUUUCGAUUCUUUCGCGUGGUCUUUCCCAAGAUCCGACUUCUCCAGUCUCGACGCACAAUCGUCCUAGCCUUAAUCAUUCAGUGGCUCAUUCCGAUCUUCUACAUUCUCGCUUAUCUUCUCAAUCAUGACUUUGAAUAUCAUCCUGAUAUUUCUAGUUGUUGGCUGUCGUUCAAGAACAUUCGUGCACUAUCGAUUGCCAUGGCGUUUGUGUAUGGAAGUCCUCUGAUUAUCAUGGGUCUGAUCUAUGCUCUGAUUAUUCGGUACAUUCGCCAUUCAAGUCACAAUCAAGAAAUCAGACAAACGGCGAACAAGCGAGAUCUGUUGGUUGUGAAGCGGAUUAUACUGGUGGUAUUGAUUGGGAUGGGUAUCGGAAUUCCGACAGCAUUUCUGUUGAUAAUCUAUAUGAUUACAGGUCAACUGACAGAGCUAGCUUAUCAUAUUCAAGCAUUAAGUCUAACAACCGGACUUGUCGUAGAAUCAGUCGCAUUAGGACUUAUCACUUCACAAGUACAAAGAAUAUUCAGGCCUGAGCGUCAAAUUAAUCCCACGAAUAUUCUCGGAACUGUACAAAGACGAGUAAUCGAUGCAACAUGGGAGCGAACUUAA